GGAGUCAAAUUUCCGAAUUCGGGAAGUCAAAUUCAACCGGAAACCGCAAAGACAUCUAUAAAAAAAAAAAGGGUAACAGUUAGAAACUCUAAUUUCCAAAAGAAAAGAAAAAGGAAAAAGAGAUAGUCGAUUACGUUCCUACGCCAGAAUCUCUCUUUAGAUUUCCAAUUGUCAAAGAUUUCCAUUUCCAAAAAUAUUCUCUUAUAAUUUUCUACUCUUUUUUUCUUGUCAAUUCUCAAUUUGUUUUGAGAUUUCUUUUCGGAGCUGGAGCUUUGGCUGUGGAGUGAUCCGGUGGGAGCUUAGGGUUUUUAGGGUUCGUUUAAAGAGAUCGAUCGAUUCAAAUCGAUCGAUCAUGUUAUCGAAUCAUUUCCAAAACGGUAUGGAAACGGCGAGGUUUGUUUGGUCUCGGCUUCCACAUUCAGAAGAAGGUGAGCUCGAAGGUGCUGGACUCUUGAGUAGUGAAAGCAAUAAGAACUGCGUCGAGAGCCUUGAUUAUGAAGUUCUUGAAAAUUACGCUUAUCGAGAAGAACAGGCACAGAGAGGAAAACUUUUUGUUGGAUAUAACGUGGGGGUGAAAUGGUUCUUCGCUUUGCUGAUCGGCAUUGGUACUGGAUUAGCGGCAGUGUUCAUCAAUAUUUCUGUUGAAAACUUUGCUGGAUGGAAGUUUGCCUUGACCUUUAACAUAAUACAAAAGUCAUAUCUAGCUGGUUUUCUAAUUUACAUCUUAAUCAACUUAGCUUUAGUUUUUUCUUCUGUAUAUAUCAUUACCCAAUUUGCACCAGCAGCAGCAGGGUCUGGUAUUCCUGAAAUCAAGGGUUAUUUAAAUGGAAUUGAUAUUCCCGGUAUCCUUCUUUUCAGAACCUUGAUUGGAAAGAUAUUUGGAAGUAUUGGUUCAGUUGGAGGUGGUCUAGCUCUGGGCAAAGAAGGUCCUCUUGUCCAUACUGGCGCUUGUAUUGCUUCUUUGCUUGGACAAGGUGGAUCCACAAAAUAUCAUCUAAGUUCCAGGUGGCUUCAAGGUUUCAAGAGCGACCGGGAUCGCCGUGAUCUUGUAACCUGUGGCUGUGCAGCUGGAGUUGCUGCUGCUUUUAGAGCUCCAGUUGGGGGUGUAUUAUUUGCAUUGGAAGAGGUUACAUCUUGGUGGAGGAGCCAACUAAUGUGGCGUGUCUUUUUCACUUCUGCAAUUGUGGCUGUUGUGGUGCGUGCUGCAAUGGGAUGGUGUAAAAGUGGAAACUGUGGACAUUUUGGCUCUGGUGGCUUCAUAAUAUGGGAUAUAUCAGAUGGUCAAGAGGACUACUCUUUUGAGGAAUUAUUGCCGAUGGCUGUUAUUGGAGUCAUUGGAGGUCUACUAGGAGCUUUAUUUAACCAACUGACUAUUUAUGUAACUCGCUGGCGACGGAAUUAUUUGCACAAGAAAGGGAGUCGAGUCAAGAUAUAUGAAGCAUGCCUCAUCUCUGUGAUAACAUCAGUUAUAUCUUUUGGACUACCACUUCUGAGAAAAUGCAGUCCGUGCCCUGACUCAGAUCCUGACUCUGAAAUUGAAUGUCCACGUGCUCCUGGAAUGUAUGGGAAUUACGUAAAUUUCUACUGCAGUAAGGACAAGGAAUACAAUGAUCUUGCGACUAUCUUCUUCAAUACUCAGGAUGAUGCCAUCAGAAAUUUGUUUAGUGCAAAAACAAUUCAUGAGUUCAGUACCCAAAGCUUAUUGACAUUUUUGGUUAUGUUCUAUACCUUAGCAGUAGUGACAUUUGGUACUGCUGUUCCAGCUGGUCAAUUUGUUCCUGGAAUAAUGAUAGGAUCAACAUAUGGCCGUCUUGUUGGCAUUUUCACUGUUAACCAUUACAAGAAGCUCAACAUUGAAGAGGGAACGUAUGCACUUUUGGGAGCUGCUUCUUUUCUUGGGGGUUCCAUGCGGAUGACGGUAUCACUGUGUGUUAUUAUGGUUGAAAUCACAAAUAACUUGAAACUUUUACCUCUUAUCAUGCUUGUUCUUCUCAUAUCGAAGGCUGUUGGCGAUGCUUUUAAUGAAGGUUUAUAUGAAGAACAAGCACGAUUGAGGGGCAUUCCAUUGCUGGAAUCGAGACCCAAGUAUGAGAUGCGGAAAAUGACUGCCAGGGAAGCCUGUGGAAACCAGAAGGUCCUCUCACUUCCUCGGGUUGUAAAGGUUGCAGAUGUGGUUUCUAUUUUGCGCUGCAACAAACAUAAUGGCUUUCCUGUGAUUGAUCACACAAGAAAUGGAGAACCACUUGUUAUUGGAAUUAUGCUUCGGAGUCACCUACUGGUACUUCUUCAAUCUAAGAUAGAUUUCCAGCAUAGUCCUUUACCUUGUGAUCCCAAAGGUGGAUCCAGAGCAAUUAGGCACAAUUUUAGUGAAUUUGCUAAACCUGUUUCAAGUAAAGGACUAUCAAUAAAUGAUAUUUAUCUUAGUUCAGAUGAUUUAGAAAUGUACAUAGAUCUUGCACCGUUUUUGAAUCCCUCGCCGUAUGUUGUACCUGAAGAUAUGUCUUUAACAAAGGUUUACAAUCUUUUCCGCCAACUAGGAUUGAGACAUAUAUUUGUUGUUCCUCGUGCAUCUCAUGUGAUUGGUGUGAUUACCAGAAAGGAUCUGCUGAUCGAGGAGGAAAAUGAUGAUUCAGCUACUGUGGAGCUCCAAUCAACUAGUGUAAGAGGUCAGCGACGUGAGGAAAGAUCGUUGGUAGGGAAUGCAGAUGCAGAGCGCCCACUUCUCAAUGGUCUUUUGGUUCAAGAUCAAAAUCAUACACCUAGAUGAUACAAAUUUUUUUUUCUCUUCUACCAUUUUCUGACCCCAAGUUUAAAUUCUUUCCUCUUCUGCAUAAAAUUAUCUGAGGGUUAGGUUAGUGGAAUUGUUUGUAUUGAAGUGGACAGUGAUGCUACUCCUAUAUGCUUGACUGGCAAAGAUGGAAUUAAUUAAUGGAUGUCUCUCACACUCUUGAUUUGUAUCA